CCCAGAGCCAUGUGUGCGUGUGUGUGUGUGCAAUCAGGGCAACAGGAGCUGGAAGGGGCUGGCCUCUGAGUUAGGCCUGAGACUGAACGGGGGCCCUGGACCAAAGUCAGGCACCCAUAAAGGCCAGGCAGCCCUCAGGCUGUGACCAGAGGAGGCCAAGGCCGAGGCUGCCCUGGAAAGAAGAAGCCCUGGAGAUGGGCAAAGCUGGGAAGGCAGGUACCCUGAAGAAGUGGCCCCCGAGGUCUGAGAGGACAGACUGCAGGAGGGAUGAGGGGGCCUGGGUAGGAGUGGCCAGCCUGGGUUGGGUGGGGGCUGGCUGAUCCUCCAGGCGCCUCCCUCCUGUUGCUUAAUUGAAGCCUCCCACCUUGUUGCACUGCCAACAGCCCCUUGAGAUGUGAGUGUUCUUGAGCCCCUCAGUGUCCCCAGGGCACCCUCAGGCCAGAGAGGGCUUUCCCUCUGUGCUCUGGUGUCUGUGGGACUGGCGCCUGGACAGGAGAAUCAUAGGCAGUGAGAUCCCUCGAGUCCAAGAAGGGAGAAGUCCCUUUGUGAGGAGCAGGGCCCCUCUCCUGGGAGGGCGUAGGCUUCUAUGUGCCCCCCGGGAAGCUGGCUUUAUGCUUUGUCGUUACUACCUCAACUUGUAGGCUUUUUUACCUGUGCAGAUUUUUUUCCCCAGCUGGGCUGUGCAGCAUGUGUGAUCUCAGUUCCCCUACCAGGGAUCGACCUCAUGGCUUCUGCAGUGGGAACACAGUGUCUUAACUCCUGGACUGCUAGGGAAGUCCCCCUCUGCGGGUGUUUAGAUGCCAAAGGAGCCAGAAAGGAAGUAUCCACUGGGUCUCAUCUUCCAGGCUCUUCAGGAGGGGCUGUGGCUACAUGCUCUGAGCAUUCUGGGGCCCCCAGACUCCAGGGCUGGGGAGGGGAGGCACUUGUGCUCAUAGGCCCUUCCCAGGCUUCCCCCAUCCCCAGCACCUGGGGUUGGCCUACUCUGGGGCAAGGCCAGGCCUGGGACUAGCCCUGUGCAACUGGCUUCCUCACCCUGUGGUGUGUAUCCUCAGCCAGAGAGGGGACUUUGUCCAAUUGGGCAGUUUUGAGAGUGAGUCUAAAAAUAGACCCCCAUCCAGGGCUGUCUGGUUCCUGGGCUAAGAGAGCCUGUAAACAGGACACACCCCAGAGUCUCAGUCACUAGGAUUGGCCUGAUGGCUUCCUCCAGGCUCACAGCCCUCCCUCAGCCCUCCUGUCACAUCCUGGGGACCAGGAACCUGGGCAGGCACUUUUCCCAUUGGGAAGCAUAUCCCCAUUUUACAGAUAGGAAACUGAGGCUCAGUGGAAACAAGCUACUAGGUCCUGUAGGCCGUGAGGGCACUGGACGACUGCAGGCCUUUCCUGCAGCCCUGCGCUCUAUCAGGAGUGGUGUUCAGAGACUUGAACUGGGAAUAUCAACAGGGCUUCCCGACCCUGGGGUAGAUGUGUUCCCUGGGCCGUGGUGGUCUAAGUGCGGGGUCCACUUGGAGCUCAAGCUGCUGACUCCGGCCUAUUGGUGGCCGCUGGCUGCAUUUGGCUAACGGUACUGUACCCUUAGCCAGCUGGAUUGUGGCUCGACCCUAUCUCCUGGAAGGCAGGGAGAUCACAGUUAAAGGGAAGAGGCAAAUGCCCCCAUGCCCUUCCCAUCCCUGGACCCUUCUGGUGAGGGUGGCAGGGUGGCCUCUAUCCCACUCCUAUGUCAUGGGGCUUCCCUUCCAGAGGCCGAGGGGAUCCGGCAGUGGAGUGCGAGGACCAGACACCCCAGCGAUGACCAGUUCCCCCGUCUCCAGAGUUGUCUACAACGGCAAGAGGAACAGUAGCCCCCGCUCUCCCCCCAACAGCAGUGAGAUCUUCACCCCAGCCCACGAGGAGAAUGUGCGCUUCAUUUACGAAGCCUGGCAGGGUGUGGAGCGGGACCUGCGCAGCCAGAUGUCGGGCAGCGAGCGGGGCCUGGUGGAGGAGUACGUGGAGAAGGUCCCUAACCCCAGCCUGAAGACCUUCAAGCCCAUCGACCUGAGCGACCUGAAGCGCCGGAACACGCAGGACGCCAAGAAGUCCUAAGGCGCGCCAGUGCCCCUCCCCCGGCCUCCGGGAGAUUUGGGUGCAGCCUGCCGCUGGCCACCGCCUCUCCUGUGGGCUCAGCUCCUGGGAGGGGGAGGGGGCCUUGCUCCCAGUGGGCCGAAAAUCCCAGGACCAGGACAGGCAUGAUUGAUGGCCAAGGCCUGCCCCUUCUCCCCGAGCCUUUCCUUUCCUCUCGGGGUAUCUCAGGUUACCCCUGUCCCUAGGAGGGCCUCGGCCCUGCCAGCCCAUGCCCGCUCCCCCCGCCCCCGGGGGCCUGGCUGGACCUUUGGAGCUGCUGGUCCUGCCUGCCCCCAGGGCCUCGACCCUGAUUCUUGUCGCCUUCUCCUGCCUCCACCCCUGACCCCUGGCCACUUCCAGGAUCAGGAGGGAGAUGAGGGGCCUCCUUGUUGUCUCCUGUGCUGUGGGACUGGGCUGGUUUUGUCCUGAAGUGGCCAGGAGCCAGGACAGGGUGGUCCCACCCACACCCAGCAUGGGUCCCUCACUGACCCCUGCUGCAUCUGUGGCCGGAGCAUCUGACCCCCCACCCCACUGUCCAUCCUGGCCCCGUCCUUGUCAGCUUCAGGAUAACACCAGCUCUCCGGGCCUGGCACACUGCUGGGUGCCCCCUCCAAGGGUUCUAGGCAGCCAGGUCUGGCCCGCCCUUGGGAAGGGGCGUGGGGCUGGCCUGAGCUGAUGAGGCUACCCAGUGGGUCCUGCUCUGUGUGGUGAGUUGGGAGGGUCUUCAGGGCCGUUUUUUUUCUUCCUGUGCCCUGCAGAUCCAGGUGUCUGACUGGAACCUGAGGACCAGUAAAUAAAAGUGGGGUGGCAUUGGCUUGGCAA